AUGAAGAAAGCAUUUGUAUUAAUAUUUUCCUGUUUCUUACUUUUUUUGCCUUUGCACAUUGUAAGAACGCACUAUGCAAAAAAUGAAGAAACAAAUAAGAAGGAUACUAAAUUGAAAAAGAAACGUAAUGUCAAAACUUUCAAUAAAAAAUUAACAAACAAAUCCUUUCUUCAAGUACAACACACUGUAGCAACUAGAUCUGUACCACCGCCACCUUGUCUUGGAGAUGAUUGCUUCUGCCAAAAUUAUUACGAUUUAACAUUAAUUUUGGACGAAUCUGCAAGCAUAGGAUCAAAAAAUUGGAAAAACCAUGUUAUUCCAUUUACUGAUAAAAUUAUAAAGGAUUUAACAAUAAGCAAAAAUGAAGUACAUGUAGGAAUUUUGUUAUUUUCUAGUAAAAAUAGAGAUUACGUCACUUAUGGUGAUGAAUUAAGAUAUCAAAAAGAUGAGCUUCUAAAAAAAGUAGAAAAAUUAAAAAAAGAUUAUUAUUGCGGAGGAGGAACAAAAAUAUUAGGUGCAUUGAAAUAUUCUCUGGAAAAUUAUACAAAACAUAAAAAUAUUAGAUAUGAUGCACCUAAAGUAACAAUAUUAUUUACUGAUGGAAAUGAAAAUUCUGCAUCUAAUAAACAACUUUUGGAAAUGGGUUUGACAUACAGAAGAGAACGAGUAAAGUUAUUAGUUCUUGGUGUAGCUGCUGCUGAAGAUAAUAAGUUAAAAUUAAUAGCUGGGUGUGAAGAAAAUACCAAUUGUCCAUACUCCAUGAAAGCAGAAUGGGAAACUAUAAAUGACAUAACAAAGAGAUUAACUAAUAAAAUAUGUCAUACAGAAUCGGAAAUAGAACCAGAACCAAAACCAGAACCUUCCACACCAACACAUUGCCAAGGUGAUGAUUGCUUUUGUGAGGAUUAUUACGAUUUAACUUUAAUUUUAGAUGAGUCACGAAGUAUAACUCUCGACAAAUGGAAGAAAGAUGUAGUUCCAUUUGCCGAAAAGGUUUUGAAUAAUUUAAACAUCGACAAAGAUAAAAUACAUGUUGGAAUUAUGCGUUUCGCCAAAUCUAUGAAAACGGAUAUAGGUUAUGAGCAGGAAACAAGAUAUAUGAAAAACGAUUUGAUAAAACUAGUUAGAGAAUUAAAAGAUAAAUAUGGAUAUGGUGGUGCUACCCAUCUUGUCGAUGCUUUACAAUAUUCAUUAAAAACUUUUACAAGACACCCCAAUAAUAGAGUUGAUGCACCCAAGGUAACAAUAUUAUUUACGGAUGGUAAUGAAACUUCUAAAAAGGAAAAAGAUAUACGAGAUGUAGGAUUAUUAUAUAGAAAAGAAAAUGUGAAGUUAAUAGUAGUAGGGGUUAAUUUAGCUACGGAGAAAAGUUUAAAAUUAUUAGCUGGUUGUACUGAAAAUGAAGAAUGUCUACGAGUUAUUAAAUGUGAAUGGAAUGAUUUAACAAAUAUAACUAAAAUACUUACGGAUAAGAUAUGUAAUACGGGAUCAGUAGAAUUACCAAAACCUGAAGAGAAUCCUGAACCAGUAGAAAAACCAAAUCCAGAGGAAAAUCCUAAUCCAGUGGAAAAACCAACUCCAGAAGAAAAUCCUAAUCCAGUCGAAAAACCAACUCCAGAAGAAAAUCCUAAUCCAGUGGAAAAACCAGAACCAGAAAAGAAUCCUUGUAUAAACAUGGAAGAUUGCUAUUGUAAAGAUUUUUAUGAUAUCACUUUAGUUUUAGAUGAAUCAGCUAGUAUAUCUGAUUUGAUAUGGAGAAACGAAGUUAUUCCAUUUUCUUUGGAAAUUAUUAAAAGAAUAAAUAUAAGUUAUAAAAAUGUGCAUAUGGGUGUUUUGCUUUUCUCUGAAUACACUAGAGAUAUUGUUAGAUUUUAUGACAAUGCAAGAUAUGAAAAAGGGACACUACAGACAAAAAUAAAUGAUCUAAAAAGAGAUUAUAGAAGUGGAAAGAAGACAUAUAUAAUACAAGCUCUACAAUAUGCAUUAACAUAUUAUAGCAAACUUUCAAAUAGAAAGGAAGCACCUAAAGUAACCAUGUUAUUUACAGAUGGAAAUGAUUCCUAUGAAUCAGAAAAGGGAUUACAGGAUAUUGCAUUAUUAUAUAGAAAAGAAAAUGUCAAAUUAUUGGUAGUAGGAGUUUCUACAGCAAGUGAGAAUAAAUUGAAAAUGUUAGUUGGUUGUGCACCAAAUGUUGUUUGCCCAUUUGUUAUUAAAACGGAAUGGGGAUUAUUGAAAAAUGUAUCAGAAGUGUUUGUAAAAAAAAUAUGUGACAAUGGAGUGGUAUUGCCACCAGGAAGCCCCUCCGAAUCAACACCUGGAAGUCCUUCCGAGUCAACACCUGGAAGUCCUUCCGAGUCAACACCUGGAAGUCCUUCCGAGUCAACACCUGGAAACCCCUCCGAAUCAACACCUGGAAGUCCUUCCGAGUCAACACCUGGAAACCCCUCCGAGUCAACACCUGGAAGUCCUUCCGAGUCAACACCUGGAAGUCCUUCCGAGUCAACACCUUGCAGUGGAACCGAAUGUUUAUGCCACAAUACCUACGACUUAACAUUAAUUAUAGACGAAUCUGCAAGUAUUGGAUAUUCUAACUGGGAAAAGGAAGUAGUUCCAUUUACUAUAGGACUUGCAAGUAAUUUAGAAAUAAGUGAAAAGAAAGUGAAUAUGGGAAUAUUAUUAUUUUCUGAUAAAAUAAGAGAGUUCAUUAAAUAUGGACAAAAAGAAAGUUAUGAUAAAAAUAACUUAGUAAGAAGAAUACACGAUUUGAAAAAAUAUUAUAAAUCAGGAGGAUUUUCAUAUAUAGUAGAAGCUUUGAAAUAUGGAUUAUAUUCAUAUGCAAAAAGUACAUCUUCUAGAUUAAAUGUUCCUAAAGUAAAUAUUUUGCUUACCGAUGGGAAUAAUACAGAUACGUCUGAUUUUAUUUUAACUGAAGUGAGUUCCUUGUAUAAGAAAGAAAAUGUAAAGUUAUUAUUGAUUGGUAUUGGAGGUCCUACUAUUCAUAAAUUAAGAUUGUUAGGUGGAUGUGAUAAAUCGGAUGGUGACUGUCCAUAUGUUGUAAAAGCAGAAUGGAAUAAUUUAAAAUAUACGUCAAAUUUAAUUAUUGAUAAAAUAUGUCAUACAGAUAAGCCAGUAGAAAAUCCAGGAGAUAAUUCAUCUGUAUGUAAUUCUAAGGAUGAUUGUAUAUGUGCGAAUUAUUUUGACUUAACAUAUAUUGAAGUUCCAACAUUAAAUAGUACAUAUACAUGGAGAAGUGAUUUUAUGGAUUGUUCAAAAAAUAUAAUGAACAGUUUAGUUAUAGAUAAAAAUAAGGUACAUGUUUCGUUGAUAAUAUCUUUAGAAAAGAAGUCUGUUCAUCAAGGCUUUGAUGAUGUUAAUUCUUAUAAUAAAAAUGAAUUAAUAAAGACAUUAGGAAAGUUAGAGAAUUCGACUGUUUUAAACAAAACUAAUAUAUUAGAUUCGUUAGUAUAUGGUAUUCAACAAUCUUUUGGAAAAGGAAAUAGAGAAAACGCACCAAAAGUUACUAUGUUAUUAACCAACAGUAAUAGUGAUAUAUCUGAUGAGAAGGCAUUACAAGAUAUAUACUUAAAUUAUAAAGAGAAAUCAAUUAAGUUAUUGAUUAUAGGUAUAGGUAUAACGAAUACGGGAAAAUUAUUUAAUGCUGGAGGAUGUAAUAUGAAUGGGGAUAAUUGUCCACAUGUAUAUGCAUCUAAAAGUUUUUCAUAUAUUGGUGGUGUUGAUACAUUUUUAGAAGUAAAUAAAUGUGAUAGUAGUAUCGAUAAUAAUGGAGGUGACAAUGGGAAUGGGACAGAAGGAAAUGUAAAUCCAGAUACACCUUCAUGUAAUGAUAAUGAUGAUGAUGAUAAAUGUAAUAAUGAUGACAGUAAUAUUAUAUGUACAAAGGUUUUAGAUAUAGCUGUUGUAUUAGAUCAGUCUAGUAAUAUAUCCAAAGAUCAAUGGAAUGUAUAUAUAAAACAGUUUGUUAUAAACACAGUGAACCAAAACUAUUUGUCAAAAUAUCGAAGUCAUAUAACUAUUGUAAAAAUGGGAAAGAGUACUAAGGAAAAAUGGAGCUUAAAUAAAAAAAUUAGUUAUCAAAAGAAGAAGAUUAUUAAAGAAAUAAACAAAUUACCAAUAUCAUAUUCAAAAAAGAAGGAUAUAGCAAAGAGUUUAAAAUAUGUAAGGACAAAAGUAUUUAAAAAAAGUGAAACAAAUAGAAAAAAAUUAAUAAUAAUGUUAGUUGAAGGAAAAUCAAACAGUAAUAUGAAUGAUUUGAGAAAAGAAGUUGGAUUAUUAAAAGUAAACAAUAUUGAUUUUUUUGCAUACGCAAUAGAUAAUAUAGAUGAAACGGAAUACAAAAUACUUGGGGAUUGUGAAGGUUCAGUAGAUAUGGGACUUAUGGGGAAUUCACCACCAUCUCCUUCUUAUUUGCCAUGUAAAAAUAUAGUUAAGGUAUCAUGGGAUACAUUAUUAUCUUCAACGGAUAUACAUAUGAAGUAUAUUUGUAAUGGUUAUCCUGAAGAUGCCGAAUGUUCUGAAUGGGAGGAAUGGAGUCCCUGUCCUGAAACGUGUCCUACAAUUAAUAAUAAUAAUAAUAAUAGUAGUGGUAGUAAUAACAGUAGUAGGACUAACAUUAGGACAUAUUUUCCACAGCUAAGCAAAAGGGAAAGGAAAGGACCAUACACAUUAAAAGGAGAAGAAUAUAUGGGUGAGAAAUAUGGAAGUUCUUGUAUGGAAUUGAAAUCUAUCGAAUAUCGAUCAUGCCCUAUAAAUGCAGGUUGUAAUGAUAUGUGUGGAGAUUUCGGUGAAUGGAGUGAGUGUAGUGCAACGUGUGGAGAAGGUAUACGAGUAAGGAAUAGAGAUAAUUCUUUAGACAAUGAUGACAAGUGUAAAUUAUUUAAUUCAACUGAGAUGGAAGCAUGUAAUAUUCAAGAAUGUGAUGAUAAUAAUAAUGUAGAUAUAUGUGAGGAUAUUGGAGAAUGGAGUGAUUGGUCAUCUUGUUCUAAAACUUGUGGAUAUUCAACAAGAAGUAGAACGUUUACUAUUUUACCAGAAUAUAUAGGAGAAUAUCCUAAUUGCAAAAUUUUUGAAAGGAGUGAAACAGAAGUAUGUGCUUUUAUUCCUGCAUGUUCUGAUGAAAACUGUUUUGAAUGGGAAGAAUGGAAUGAAUGGUCUUCUCCAUGUAGUCCUAGGAAAAGAGUUCAGAAAGCUCGAGUAUUAAAAAAGGAUGAUGUCAUUAUUAGUAGUGGUGAUAAUAAUAAUAAUAAUAAUAAUAAUGCUAAAAGAGGGAUGGGGCAUAAAAAUUCUACAUUUACUUCUUAUAAUAAUAAAAAAUCUGAUAUAUGUGAAGAAGAAGUGCGACAUUAUUUAGAUAAAGUGGAAUAUGAUGAAGAAUCUACAUGUGAAAAUAAAAACCCUUGUGGUGAUUGGUCAGAUUGGUCUGAGUGUGAUAGGACAUGUAAUGUUGGUGUUCGAAUACGACAUUUUAUAUCUCACAUGUUUGAUAUGGUUGGAGAUGAAGAUGAAAAAGAAUGUUUAGAAUACUAUAAUAAAGUUGAAACACAAGAUUGUUUGCAUUUACCACCAUGUGACGGAGGUGAAUGUAGUGAUUGGGAAACUUGGGUAGAAUGUAAAGAAGAAGAUAUGAUCGGAAACAAUUGUCAUAAACGAAAUAAAAAAAUAUUAACUCGAAAGUUAGAAUUAUUGAAAAAUAAAGAUAUAACAAGAACAAAAAAUACAUCGGAUGUUUGUAAUGACUAUACAUUAUUUAGAGAAGAAGAUUGUCCUCAAUCAAAUGAUACAUGUAUAAAUGCAUUAUGUAAUGAAUGGGAAGAAUGGGGAGAUUGUUCCAGUACUUGUGGGGAAGGAUCAUUUAAAAUAAGGAAAAGAAAAGAGCCUUUGGAAUUGAUACCUGCAUCUCAAGAUAUAAAUGGAAAUAUUGGUUUGACAUGUGCACAACAAAAUAUAAAAGUUGAAGAAAGAGAAGCCUGUAUAGUUCCAGCAUGUGAAGAUGAAUCUACCAACGGAGGAACAGAAGUAGAAGGAUCUACUCCUUCUUCUCCAUCUGACAGUAAUAAUAAUGAUGGAUCAUCGGGUGAUAAUACAGGAGAUUCAAAUGAUAAAAAAGGGAUGGGAACAGGUGAAAAAGUUUCGUUAGCUGCUGGAGUAAUAGGUUUAGUAGCCUUAGCAGCAGGAGGUUUGAUAUAUGGAUACAAUACGUUAAACGGUGGUGAGCCUCCUCAUAGUUCUAAUAUGGAAUUUGAAAAUGUGGAGAACAACUCAGGUACAGAAGAGGAAGAAAAUGAAGACUUUGAGGUAGUGGACGCGGAUGACCCUAUGUGGAACUGA